UCACCGCUCAGCUGAGCGUCUACUGAUCCACAACAUCCAGGUGGUUCGUCUGUCUGCGGGAGAAGAAACAGCCAGAAGAAGAAGAAGAAAAAGAAGAGAGGACUGCUGCUCUGUUCUGCUCUGCUUCUCUGCUGCCGACGGCCAAAACGAAGAGUGUGUGAGAGGAGAGAGCUCCUGCUGAGCGACACAUCACACGGUAGUGAACACAUUCACUUUGAGAAAGAGACACCGCCGCCGCCAGCGAACGUCCUCCGCUACUUUCAGCAGCGGCCAUGAGUUGAGUUGAGAUCCUCAUCUGGAUUUGAAGCAGGUUGUGUUUGUAUCUACCUGCUCUUCCAUAUCAAGAGAAGAUCUGUGGACCCCGUGUUGAAAUCGGGGGAAUUGAACGUACACAGCGCCACCCAAGGAACAAGCAGCGCCAGAUCCUUUCGGGGAUGCUGCUGAGUCCGGAUGUGGAUUAGCGGAUGAGUCCCGAGGAGGAGGCGCCAGGGAGGGAUGAGGUUGUGGAGGGCGAGAGGGCGAAGAUGGGCUGCCCCCCCUGCCCUGUGGCACCUCCGGCUGCCUCCACCUCCAACGCCGUCGCCGCCGUCGCCUCCUCCCCGUGAAGGAUGCAGGUCCUACAGAUCGUCAAGGAGCUGGUGUCGCCCUCCAGACGCAGGGCAGCGGCCAGAUUCGGAGCGUCUGAUACCGACCAGGAUGCGGCGGUGAAACUUGACCAGGAGCGAGCAGACAUCGUCGCCAAAUAUGACAAGGGGAAGGAGGCCACCGUGGAGCCCUGGGAGGACACCAACUUCCACCUGUACAAAGUCAUCGACCGCUUCGGCUUCGUCCAUGAGAACGAACUUCCAUCCUACGACUCGGUGGAGGAGAAGCAAAAACACACGGAGGUGGAGAGAACCAGCAAGUGGCUGAAGAUGCUGAAGAGCUGGGACAAGUACAAGAACAGCGAGAAGCUGGUCCGCAGGGUCUACAAGGGGAUUCCUCUGCAGCUCCGAGGGGAGGUGUGGUGUCUGCUGCUCGAUAUUCCCAAAAUAAAGGAGGAGAAGAAAGACUUCUACGAGAAAUUAAAAGCCCGAGCCAGAGGAGUGUCCCCCGACAUCCGACAGAUUGACCUGGAUGUGAACCGAACCUACAGGGACCACAUCAUGUUCAUGCAUCGCUACGAUGUCAAGCAGCAGGCGCUGUUCCACGUCCUCACUGCCUACUCCAUGUACAACACGGAGGUGGGCUACUGUCAGGGCAUGAGUCAGAUCACGGCUCUGCUGCUCAUCUACAUGAACGAAGAAGACGCCUUCUGGGCUCUGGUCAAGCUGCUGUCGGGGCAGAAACACGGCAUGCACGGGUUUUUCGUCCCUGGUUUCCCGAAGCUGAUGCGUUUCCAGGAGCAUCACGAUCGAAUCCUCAAGAAGACGAUGCCCAAACUGAAACAACACCUGGACAACCAGGAAGUGUUCACCAGCCUCUACACCAUGAAGUGGUUCUUCCAGUGUUUCCUGGACAGAACUCCGUUCACGCUCACACUCAGGAUCUGGGACAUCUACAUCAUGGAGGGAGAGCGAGUUCUGCCCUCGAUGUCCUACACCAUCCUCAAACUGCACAAGAGUAAGAACGUUCCCUCUGCCCGCUCACCGCUCUCCUCCCUCAGACACAACCGGUCUGAUCUGUGUGUCGUCGUUGUUGCAGAGCACCUGAUGAAGUUGUCCAUGGAGGAGCUGGUGGAGUUUCUGCAGGUGACGUUGUCCAAAGAUUUCUACAUGGACGACGACCUGGUGGUGGAGCAGCUGCAGGCGUCCAUGACGGAGCUGAGGAGGGCGAAGCUGGAGCUGCCGGCGCCAGCUAAAGAGGACGAGUUUCCCAAGAAGCCCCUCGGGCAGCUUCCUCCGGAGCUGGUGGUGGUGAACCACGUGGCCAACGGUCAGAGCCACGUCGAGCCUGCCGAUCCUCCCAGGGACCCCAGUCCUGUCCCAGACCGCCAGCGGGAGAGUCGGCCUCCCAGUCGGUCACGCCGGGACUCGCUGGACAAACCGUUGCGUCACCACAAGGCGGACAAGAAGGACGCUCGCUCCCGGGGAUCGGGGGAGAUCCCCGACGAGCACCGGAAGCAGUCCAUUUCCACCACACCUGAGAGAGGGGCGACACCGCCCUCGGGCCUCACCACGGUGGACAGAGGGAAGCCUCAGAGCCACGCCACCGCCAACCACAACUCCAACGCAGUCUCCAGCUCUCACAGAGAAAUCACCCCCCGCUGGUUCAAACCCUCCGACACCAAGCUGGAAGCCGUCAAAGCGGCGGCCCGGGAACGGAGCAGAGGGGCGUCACCGGCGCCCUCCAGCCCAGAAGACACAGCGCGCUCCAAGGGCUUCGUCCCCGGAACCGACCGAGGCUCCAACGCCUCCCAGUACGACAAUGUGCCGGGGCUGCCGGAGCAGGAGUUUGAGAUCUUGGACCUCGAGAGACCUCCGUCCAGAAUGAGGACCCCUCGCAGUGACACGCCCUUCAGUGCAUCGUCCCCCAACCGUGGACCCAGCCUGACGGGGAGCGUCAUCUCCGUCUCCAAACACCCUCUCCCUCCUACGUUUCCCCACAACAGUCCGGCAGCGGUCCAGCCCAACUACCCUGGUGUCCAGAGCCAGUACCAGACCCCUCCAAGGCAACCAUCGCCGAGCAGAACCACUACGGAGGUUCCCAUCUUCCAUCCGGCCCACAACUUGAACAUGGACCACAGGGGAGUGGACAGACUCUAUGCACCGCCCUCUCGAUAUCCUCCGCCCUCCAACGUGGCGUACAGGGAACAAACAUACGCCACCACCCAGCGGCAGCCCAACAGCUUCUCCCCGGAGAAGGUUCUUAUGAACAACUCGUUCGCCACCUACCGCAGACCGCCGCCGCGGAGCGCCAGGCCUCCCCUGGAGCUGGAGACCCAGGGGCGCUCCACCCCCAUCUACCUGCAACAGCUCACCUCCACUGCACAGGUCUACGCCUCGGCGGACUACAGGUUCGAGGGGCAUCUGAGAGGCAAGGCGCACCCGCAGUACCUGCCUGAAGGUGGGCCUCAGCGGUCCGUGGAAGUGCUCCAGUGGGCGGCAGAGAACGAGCUGGCCCCUCAGUCGCCGGGCGGAAUGCCCCGCUCGCCCAGCUUCCAGCAGGCCCAGAUGUCCCCGCUCAAGGAGUUCACUUUCCCCGAUAACCCGGACAGCUUGCUUCACUACAGGACACAGUUCCAGCAGCAGCAGCCCGUCAUUAGGCAACAGCUCCCCCAGCUGUUUGGAGGACCACACUACAGGCACGCACAGGAGGCGUUUGCCAUGCAGGAGUCGAUGCUGCUGUGACUGGAUGAUAAAAAAGGGAAAAGGAGACUUUGGAGGAGGUUGUAGUCACCGACACUGUGGUGGAGAAGACGAGCGGUCGCUUCGUUAGGAACCUGGUUUUGUUUCUGUACAUGUGAAGUACUUACCCUUCUUACUGUCGCGCCGCAUCAUGAUGCGGCAGGACGCACCAGCCUCCGACAUUUAUACUGAUCACUGUAAAAAAGAGAAGAAAAAAAAACUGACUGAAGAUUUUAUUUUAUUUUUGGAUGUAAAUCAUUAAUGAGAGGUGACAGUAUAAAUAUAUAUAUAUAUCUUUUAGAGUCUGACAUGUACAGUGGAUUUCUUUUGUUAAUAUGCUGAGUUGUUAUAAGUAGCGGAGGAACGAUUCUCCUGAGAGCAAACCGCUGAUUUAUUUUCCAUCUUUAUUUUUUAUAUAUGUUACUUACAGAUAUCUACAGUAGAGAUGGAUUUUCAUUUCAAAAGUUGAAGCAAAGCACCUCCAGAGUAGAAACAGCAGGUUUGUCCUUUAUUUUAAUUUUUUUGUAGUUUUGCCUUUUCAAGUCUGUGAUGAUGUCACUUCCUGAUUAACUCACACGUGAAGUACUGUGCAUUUGGGUAUUUACACAUAUUUGAGGCCAGUGUUUAUAUUUUGGUUCAAUGCCAACACUCGUGGAACAUAGGGCUAAUUGUCUAUUUUUUUUUUUGUUCAUUGGCUUUAAGUCGUCUGAUCUGCGAUGUAACCGUAGGUAACAUGUUUUUUUUUUUUUAUUGCUGUACUGUAGCUACCACAUCUUGAAGCACUUGCACCAGAUGGAUGUGAUCUAGUUCCAGCAGGAUUUAGAUUGACUUCAUUACGUCUUAUUAUUCUCAACACUGUCACAUCAACUACUGUUCAGCUGCUGACACACACACACACACAUUUAAUCUGUCACAUUCCCAUUAAUUAUUCCUCAUACUGUGGUUUCGAUGCAGUUACGUCCACUACAUUCCCUCAGUUAUCGUUGUUUUCUGCUCAGCGACUAACCGCAGACCCUUCUGAUACUUUGCUUAAUAAAAGGAGGUGGGAUGAAAAUGUA